AUGACUAAAUGUAGCCGCUACCACCGAAACCACGACCACACCAUAGAGGAAUGUAAAGCACUCCAGGAUAAAAUUGAAGAAUUGGUUUGUGCAAGCCAUUUCCGCCGCUUUGUUCGCAGAGACGACCACCCUCCUCGAUCCAAUCACCCUCCUCGUUCUGACCAUCGACGCCCUCCCGCGACUCUCGCCACGACAAACACCCAAGCCAUACCGCAAAGCAUGACCCCCAACUGGCUCGCACCGACGUCACCCCUACCGACCCUCCCCGACGCGGCACUAUUAACACCAUCUCUAGUGGUUUUGCUAGUGGAGGAUCCACCUAAUCCGCCAGGAAGAGAUAUCCGCCUCGAACCGGUCAAGGAAACCAUCCCCCUUGAGCUCCCUAAUGGCCGCACCAUCAAACUCGGCACUGUUGUCUAUUUACAAGGAGGCCUGAUAUGUCUGCAAAAAAAACACAAGCUUGGUGAAGAACGACGCUUAGCAGCCAAAGCCAAGUCUGCCAAGUUGUUUAAUGUAGGGUUUAUCGAAGAAGCCCACUACACCACUUGGCUCUCUAACGUGGUUCUGGUCAAGAAAGCCAAUGACAAGUGGCGAAUGUGCGUUGAUUACACGAAUCUUAACAAAGCCUGUCCUAGGGAUGCCUACCCCUUACCUAACAUUGAUCGACUUGUCGACGGUGCAAUCGGUAACAAGGUUCUCAUUUUUCUUGAUGCAUACUCUAGUUAUAACCAAAUUCCCAUGGCCACAUCCGACAUAAACAAAACCGCCUUCAUUACAGACGAUGCAAACUACUUCUACAAGGUCAUGCCAUUCGGUCUCAAAAACAUAGGGGCAACCUACCAACGACUGAUGGACAAAUACAACCUCCGCCUCAACCUCAAAAAAUGCGUCUUCAGCGUCGACCACGGUAAAUUCCUCGGAUUCAUGCUGACCCAACGUGACAUAGAGGCUAACCUCGAAAAGUGCAAUGCAAUCAUUGAAAUGCGAAGUCCCAACAGUAUCAAAGAAGUACAACGACUCAUAGGCCGACUAACCGUCAUCUCCCACUUCCUUCCCAAGCUAGUCGAACAAACCCAACCCAUCAUUCAACUGCUCAAAAAAUCGACCAAGUUCACGUGGAAUGACGAUUGUGAACAAGUCUUUCAAAAGCUAAAAACCACCUUCACCUCACCACCCAUCCUCCAUAAGCAGGACACCCAUCAACCCCUAUUGGUCUACAUCACCACCAUAGAUCACACCGUAAGCGUCGCGCUGGUUCAAGAUGUCGGUGGCACCCAACACCCUGUUUACUUCGUCAGCAGAACCCUGCAAGAUCUGGAAACCAGGUACCAGAUGGUGGAAAAAUUAGCCCUAUCCCCGAAACCAGACCUUGCGGGACGGAUGUCGUCUUGGGCCAUUGAGUUAUCCGAAUUCAACAUUCGCUACAAACCUCACGGCCCCAUCAAAGCUCAAUGUCUCCUAGACUUUGUCAACGAUCUCCAACGAACCCCUAAAGAGGACCAAUGGAAACUUUAUGUUGAUGGUUCGUCAAACCCAAGAGGGGCAGGUGCCGGCAUCGUGCUAGAAGGACCCAACGAUAUCCUCAUCGAAAAAUCCUUCCACUUCGCCUUCCAGAAAUCUAACAACCAAGUCGAAUACGAAGCCAUCCUCGCCGGCUUAUCCCUCGCCCGCGAAGUUGGUGUCAAAUCACUAACGUGCAAAACCGAUUCCAAGCUUACCAUGGGCCAUCUAAAUGAUGAGUUCCAAAUCAAAGACCCUACCCUCCUACAAUACUAUCAUUUGGUCCUGAAAGUCAUCCAGUUUGCCUUCGAACAAGUCCGCAUCCAACACAUCCCCAGAUCCGAAAACGUUAGAGCCGACAUAUUAUCCAAACUAGCCAGCACCAAGCUAAAAGCUGCCACCAAUCAUUAUUGUAGCAAACGAUAUCUGCUCCUUCCAUCACACACACUUGCCAUACCCUAA